GAGCCCAGGCAUUUGAUGUAGAAUAUGCACGGUGGCUGGAAGAGCACAUCCGACGAGUCAAUGAGCUGAGGGGAGCUGUCAACUCCCAUGCGGGUGAUGGUGAACUUCGCAUAAUUGUGGAUGGGAUCUUGGCUCACUAUGAUGACAUUUUCAGGAUAAAAGGUGAUGCUGCCAAGGCUGAUGUCUUCCAUAUAUUGUCAGGCAUGUGGAAAACACCUGCAGAGAGGUGCUUUUUGUGGCUUGGUGGAUUCCGUUCAUCUGAACUACUUAAGCUGCUUAUAAAUCAGCUGGAGCCUUUGACAGAGCAGCAGUUGUUGGGCAUCACCAAAUUGCAGGAAUCGUCCCUACAGGCAGAAGAUGCUUUGUCCCAAGGAAUGGAGGCAUUGCAGCAAUCCUUGGCUGAGACGUUGGCCGGAUCUCUUGGCCCUUCUGGUUCAUCUGGUAAUGUUGCAAACUACAUGGGACAAAUGGCCAUGGCAAUGGGAAAACUAGGAACUCUUGAGGGCUUCAUUCGGCAGGCUGACAAUCUACGGCAACAAACAUUGCAACAAUUGCACCGUGUAUUGACAACCCGCCAAUCAGCUCGUGCCUUGCUUGCUAUAAAUGAUUAUUUCUCUCGGCUUCGAGCUCUUAGCUCUCUAUGGGAUGCUCGUCCCCGGGAAUGAGAAGCAUGAUAUAUUCUUUGUUUCUGAUUUUAGUUUGAAAGAAGGGUCUGGCUGUGUGUUCUUAGUAGUACCAAAUAUGAUCUGCCUGCCCAACUGAUGGGUUUGUUGUCACGGAUUCAAAAUUAGGGUUGUGUUUGUUUCUGUAGCAGCAUGGCGUCGUCGGACACACCUUUGGUUUCAUAUUUAGAGUUGUACUUAGCUUUGUAUUAUCCUUCAGGGUUUGUAUUUUAUUUUUCCUUUUAAAAGCAAAAUUUGGUGCAGCAUAGGCAGUAAUUUAUGUUAUCUAGACAUUAUUCUAAUCAACAGAAAUUCAGUUUUAUUUUUAAUGAAAAUGGAUUUGAAUGCUAGUGCUA